UUGUCAAGCGGCUAGCAGCAGCAGCAGCUAGCUACGCCUACGGGCAAGCUGCUGUUAGCAUCUGCUAGCUUGAUUUGUUGUUGUUAUUGUUUUUUUUGAACAACAUAAACACGCGGAAUACAAGAAGGAAUAACGCAACUUAUUUAGCUACAAACUCUACGCACGGACACAACACAGCUCUUCUGUAGCAUGGAUCCGACCUGCAGCGCCGCGGCGCCUCCAGCUGCUCUGACGGUGCAGGUGUGUUUCCCCGGCGCUCGCGCUGCCGUGUUGGACAAUCUGAACCGUCAGCGGGAGGAGGGCCGGCUGUGUGACCUCUCCAUCCAGGUGCAAGGUCACGUGUUCCGGGCGCACCGCUGCGUGCUCGCGGCGUCCUCGCCAUACUUCCACGACCAGGUGUUGCUGAAGAACGUCACCACAGUGUCUCUGCCGUCGGUCAUGGACCCGGUCGCUUUCGAGAGCGUGCUGAGUUCCGCCUACACCGGCCAGCUGAGCAUCGUGCACGAGGACAUCGUGAACUACGUCACCGUGGCCAGUUUCCUCCAGAUGUGGCACAUUGUGGACAAGUGCACUGAGAUCCUGAAGCGGCCCCGGGUGUCGGUGGACGUUUCCUCUGGAGAGGCCGCGGCAGCUCACCAGGGCCCGGCGUCCCGACAGCAAUCCCCCAGCAGCACCGACUGCUUGAGUCUGGAGAGGGAGGGAAGGAGGAGGGAGAGGAAGCCGGACGCUCUGCCCCCCCUGGCGACCUGGAGACGGCCGCAGCAGUUUCCCCGAUGGGGGCGUCCGCGGCCCUCGUCAGCUCAGCACUUAGCCGACACUCAACCCGACUCGUUCCCCGGCUACACGGAGAGUGAUUACACCAGCUGCGAGGAGGCAUGGGUACCGAGCCACGCCAAAACCAGCCACUUUGCACACGACGGACCCGGGCACAGCAGCCGGCAUCACGGGGGGUUCGCCAGCGGUGACACGUUAAAGCAGAAAGUCAGGUUUCAACAGCGGGGGGCAGCGACGAGUGCCGAUCGGCUGCUCGACAGGAACCGAGGAAGUGGGGACGGUGAUCAGAACCAAGAGAGGAGAAAGAACGAGAAGAGAGAGAUCGAGGCGGACGAAGGAAUCGGAGACGAUGCCGCAGAGAAAGAGAGCUUUGCACAAAUGGGACAUUGUGCAGAUCUGCACCAAGCUUCAAAUGCGAAUGCAGAAGCCGCACAAGCCUCAGCAAAGACCAGUGCGGACGUGAUGAAGGAGAAAUUGCAGAGUGAUCACUCCUCCAACCUGCCCGGUGUUCACGCCUACCAACCAGGGGACAGAGAUCUGGGCCCGUCCUGCUCGGUCUCGGCCCGGCAGCAGUGGCAGUCGGGUCCCUGGUCUCAUCAGGAGCACCGGCCUCAGGAAGGAGAGGCCGGCAGCGGCAGCAAAGAGGAGGAGGAGGACGAGGAGGACGAGGACGAUGUGGAUUUUGAGUGUUUCCCAGCAGGGACCUUCAGCAGAGACACGUAUGAUGAGAUAGAGGACGGCACAGGACAGGUUUCCCAGAGGCCUCUGGUGCCUGCGUCUCCAGACUUCACCGCGGCAGCCUCCGAGGGGAACUGGCCGUCCACCAGCGCGGGACAGAGUGGCUCACUGACCUCCACCUCCACUCGCCACCUGUCCCCGUCCUCUGCUGCUUUCCCUCCGCCCUCCUCCCCCCCAGUCCCCUCUUCGUCCUCCUCGGUCUCCCUCGCCGGCGCCCCCUACACGGGGAAAGUCCACUUCUGCCACUGUGGCAAGGCCUACACCCUGAAGAGCAUGCGUGACCGGCACGUGAAGAUGCAGCACCUCAACCUCCGGCCCUUCGGCUGCCCUGUUUGCACAAAGUCCUUCAAGAUGAAGCACCACCUGACCAAGCACCUGAAGACCCACGGAGGGCUGCGGCCCUACGAGUGCGGCCUGUGUGGGAAGAAGGUCAUCUGGAGGGACAGCUUCCUCCGGCACCAGGCCCGGUGCGAACGACUCGCCUCCAGCUCCUCGGCCAACGGCAGCAACAACGCAAGCACGACUGCGGCGGAUAUGGACGACGGCUACGGUUACGGAUUUGACGAGGGCGAAGCUUUUCUCGUGAGCGGAGGACAGGUGAAGGUGGAGGAGGUGGAUUUCCACGGGGGGAUGGAGGGCGGAGGGAUGGGGGGGCUGCUGGGCGGCGUGCCUGGGAUCGUGGACGAGCUCAGAACUCAGUCACACAAUCUGAACACGGGUCACGUUUUUAAACAGGAGGCGAGUGAGGGCUUUGGCGGAAACUAAAUAUUAAUGUGAAACAUGUUUAUGGCCCCUACACUGUAUGUAGAUGAAUACAUACGUGAAGGACAAGGAAUCACAUGAUCACUUUGAAAGUCUGGGGACACGAAUCAUGGACGGUUUCUUUGAGAAGCUUUUUUUCAUGUGCAUAAAUUAAUAUCAUGGGUAUUUUGAAGAAAACAUGUUUCAUUGAGGUGGUGUCUUUUUACAUUUGUGCAGUGUCACGUAAACUGCGUUCUUGUUUAGUGAUGCUGUAAACUGUACAUGUUAAACAAGCCAUGCUGUGAAUGUACCCGAAUAACUUUAAAGCAACACUAUGUAACUUUUACAUAACAACAGCGCCCUCUGCAGUCACGUGUUCAUUAUUCCUGUCGGGCUCCGUGUCCGAGCGAUUACGUGGAUUUCAUGUAAAGAAGAAACUUACCACUUACUGAACUAAAACUCAACUGAACGCUGGAUAUUACCCAUGAUCCUCUGCUUCCUGAACCAGCCGGGAGCCACUGUACCAAAUCCACCAAACUCCAUUUAGGAUUCUUCAUAUUUUAAAAGUUUCACGGCUGAAUAUUGGAGAUAAACGCUGUUUUUUAACUUUGUGCAUAGUGUUGCUUUAAUUUGCAUUUUGCACAUCAUUUCUUUUUGCCGUUGAUCUUCAUUAGAAGAUUAGAACUCAUGGAUCAAAGCAAUGUCAGUGCAAUGCUGACGUCUACUCACUUAAUGUAAAAGAAACAAAACAAUCUUGGUUUACAAGUUAAUAAAUUGUUUGGAUGUUU